AGACAUGGUUGUUGUCGGUUAAAAUGGGAGCCGCUUUGGACUUUGGGCUCUUCUGGGGCUGUAUUUCUUCCUGUUUUUCUUCUCGCAGGAAAUCCUGGGUAUCCAAAAAAUGAAGUCUUUUCACUUCAGGAGGUCACGGGGGGGGCUGGCCAGCAGCCAGCCACAAGGCCCCUGCGUGGCUCUGCCCAUUCCUCUCUACGAGCCCAUCGUUUCCUCCAGGAUGCUUCUCUUGCAUGUAUUUCUGCACACUGCGAGAGGAUUCUUAGAUCUGAUUUGGUUUUGCUCAGUAUUUUGUUUGUGUUAUGCUCCGAGAAGGUCAGUAACAUCUUAAGACUUGUUACAGUGCCUGAAUAUAAAACCCCCCUUUGUUGGGGAGAGGUUGACUUGACUGAGCCUCAUGAUCAGAGUCAGGUGACAAUAAUGAGCACAAAACUGGAAGAGAAUAAACAGUUGGGCAUGUGAGAUUAGCUGCUGAUCUUGGAUUUUGACAAGCUGUGUUACUCCUUGGGGAAAAAUGAGUGCCUGGCCCUCUCCUCUGCUUUGGAGCUUAACUACAGCGUGUUUAACAGGUAUUGCUUUAGGCCAGAUAACCACCACCCAGGUUCCUAUUGCAUCAACACCAGCGUCUGCCAUUGAAAACACCACCCAGAUCCCCAUUGCAUCAACCCCGAUGCCUCCCAGUGCAACCACCCCCCAGGUUCCCCUUGCAUCAAUCCCAACAUCUCCUAAUGCAACAACUACCGCAGCCUCUGCACCCCCAACUGCCUCUGCAAUGCUCUCGACUGGAGUGGCAUCAACUGCUGCUAUCCUUGUCACAUCCACGGCAGCACCGUCUGCUGAUCCAAGCACACAAAAGCCGGCUCAGACUCUGCCUACCACUACAGAUGUGACCAUCCUCACCUCUGACGGCACGGCCAUCUCUCAAGCACCUACAGGACCAAUGGCCACAUCCCCCAACACCCCAUCAGCCCCUCCAGAUAUGACCACAUCUCCUGAGGUUCCAUCAGCAGUUGUGUUCCUCACCACUGCUGAGCCCUCAAACUGCAGCAGAGUGGAUGUGACGGCCUGUGCCCCCUGCCUCCCAGGGACGUUUCCCAAUGAAGACACCUGGAACUGUUCGUGCUGCGGGGGGGGCUCGUGCGCGGAGCCGGGGGUCUGUAUCUCCUGCCCACUGGGCCACUACCAGCCUGAAGGCGGGCAGCCGUCGUGUCUUCCUUGCCCGCAGGGGCAUUACGCCAACUUCACGAGGAGCACCACGUGCCUCCCCUGCCCACCUGGUAAUUACGCUAAUGAGUCUGGGGCUGCAGCCUGCCGACCGUGUGAGAAAGGGUAUUUUAGCUCCAAGCAAAAUGCAGCUUCUUGUCUGCCUUGCCUGCCCGGGUCGUUUUGCAACACCAGCAGCUGCACGGCAUGUCUGCCGUGCCCGGGUGGGCAAGAGGCUCUUCGGGAGGCGUCGGGAGAGUGUGUGCCCUGCCGGCCAGGUAUGUUCAGAGGUCCCAGUGAUAACAGAUGCAAGCUCUGCAGGACAGGAGAAUACCAAUUACAGUGGGGCAAGGAGAGCUGUGACCUGUGCCCAGAAAAUCACUACUGCCCUAGUCCAGAUGUGAACCCGGUCAGGUGCCCUCCUGAUGCCUUUUGCCCGUCAGGCAGCUCCGAGCCGGCGUACUGCAUGGAGCUUUUCCUUUACAAGGCAGGGGACUCCUGCCAGCUGACCCCCCUAAUAGUUGUUCUCCUGGCCGUCUUCUCAGCAGGUCUAAUCCUUGCUGUCUUCCUAACAAUUCUGAGAAGAGGGCAAGAAUAUAGCAAGAAAUCAUUAAAGUCUCUAUUGCUACCGAGAGACUUGGGACGACAAAGCACUUACGGAGGGACCGAGCACACGGAACCGGUCUACGCUGGCUGGUAGCACAGGUUAUACUAUCAGCAAGCACCUGCUUUUUUCUUCCCUGAGGCAAUACAGAUGUGUGUGUACGGGCAAGAUGUUUAACUGCGAGCAACCUAUUUCUGUAGAGCUAAAAGAUAAGUACUGAGAAAGAAAACCGAAUUUUUGAGUUGUGGCUACUUGUGCUAACCAACCCAGCUGUCUGCUGUACUAAAACAGACUGAUGGAAAAAGUCUUCCCCUCUCAGUUGCUGGGUUCAUUCUCAAAUACUUUUCUCCUUCCCUCAAAAAAAACCCCAAGCCCCAAACAAACAGCAAACAACUGUCUCUCUCUUCAUUUAAAACCGUCAGCUCAACAAACUGGGUGAGGAUUAACUGUUCCAGUUACUGAGGUUCCUGUGAUACAACAAGAACUUCCACGUGAGCUGGAACUAAAAGGAACAUGCUUGCUUUUCAGAAUAUGCAGUAUUUUUUUUUCCAUUCUCAAAAUUUACCCUUGCUUUAAGUAAUAAUAAAGUCAAGGAAAGGGAUCCCAAAGCUUUCCCCUUCCUGUCAGCUGAGGGAAAACACGUGCCACUAAAAUAAUGGUUGACUCCUGGACGAAUAUCUCCGUGUGUUUCCUGCUGUAAGGUGGUGCUUCGUACCAGAGCUACUCAAGCAACUCAAAGCCUCACAGGAACCAUUUCUUCCUCCACCAAGCCACACUGGUAAGCCAUGAAGCUGCGGCAAUCCCUUGGAGCCAAUGGAGCGGUGUGCUGCAGCCACUGAAGGUGCCUGAAGAUGUUUUUGCAAGCCCAGGAGAUGUGCCUAUACUACACCUCAUUGCUUAAAUGGCUGUGCCAAGUUCUUGCCUUGAUCCCUGAUACGUGAUUCACCUCCCACCCACGAAAGCAGCACAAGUGAUUUGUACCAGUUCUCCCAGUAUGGAGCUGUGGCACUCCAAGCUCUCUCCUGUGCAGCUGCCCUAAUUUAAGCACCUGGUUAAACUGAUGUGAUUUGUAUUUUACGGGGGAUAAUUUCAAAUUGUGCAGCAGUUUGUAGGCUUGUUCUCUUUCUAAACUUGUUGUUUGCUGUAUUUUCCCUAUCAUCUUUUUUCUCGCAGUGCUGUUUAUUCAGCUUUCUGCACUUGGUCCUCAGGGCCAUUUGAGGUCUCGCCAGCAUCCCAGGCACUCAACAUUCCCCUUCCACUGUAACGGAGUCGCCUCCGACUGCUCCAUGAAAUCAGUAAAUGAGGUCUCAACCU